AUGAAAAAAGUUCAAGUUGUUUUUUUUGUUUUAUUUAUUAAACAAAUUUUGGGAAUAAAAAUAUUUUCUCAAAGGAAAUAUCCUAAUGUUGAAAAUGGGGUGUAUCAAUUAGAUAAUAGAGGAAGACCAAUAAAAAUUGUAGAUGUUAAUUACAAUCAUAUAUGGGAAUUACCAAAAAAUGGAAAUGUUAACUCUUAUGCUGUUGUUAAAAAAAAUGGAAAAGUUAAAAAAUUUAGUGAAGGCACAAAUAUAAUAUAUGGAACUACUAAAAGAAUGAAAUUAGAGAACAAUCAGGAAAUAGAUGAAAAUGAAAUAAAAAAAGAUAUCGUAAAAAAUAAGAGAAUACACAACAUUAAAAAUGCUUUUAGUCCUUCUAAAAAUGAAAAAGAAAUAGAAGAAAAAAAAAAAAAAAAAAUUAAAAAAAUUGUGCCACGCGCUAUGCAUAUAAUGGCGGAAGACGUGAAAGAGAAGGAACAUGAGGGAGAUAUGGAUACAGGAAAAGAAUUAGGAGCUGUUAUAAAAGAGAAUUUAGAAAGUCAUUACGAGGAGACAAAAAGUCCAUCAUCUUUAAGCACUGAUUUAUUAGAUGUUAAAAUUCCUAGUAAUUUAGAAAAACUGUUUAUGGAAGAUUUGGUAGAAGGAAAAUGGUCAUCUAAAAAGCCUAUUGAUGAUAGAAUAUGUUUACGAGAUUACUCAAAACAGUGUCCUUCUACAUGGGAACAAAUAUCAGAAACACAAUGUAUAUCACCAAAAGACUAUUCUGGACCUUGUUCUCAUAUUAUGGCCUUUGAACCAUUAAGUGCAAAGGAGAAAAGUGUCAUAGGAGUAGAUUGCAAAGUCAAUUGGUUAUGCCUUAAUGAGUCAUGUGGUAAUAGUGAAAGGGAUUACUUAAAGGAGUGUCCUGAAAAUUGGACGUACACCGGAAAAAAUUAUUCUGGGGGUUGUAGCAAGACAAUGGAUUUUGGAGCUUUCACACAAAACGAAAAGGAGGAAUUUUCUUCUGCUUGUAAAGUGGUUUGGCCAUGCAAAGAGGAAUCAUGCGAAAGAGAUUAUUCAAUAACAUGUCCUAAAGGAUGGUCUUACAAUACGAAAAAAGAUAUAUGCAGCGGUAGCAAAGAAUUCGAAGGGUUAAUUUCAAAGGAGGAAAUGGAAUUAAUAAGCCACAUGUCUAACCAUCAAAGAGUAGCUUUUUCUUCAAAAUAUGGAAUUCCAUGGCCAUGUAAGAAUAAGUGCACAUAUGGCUAUGACAUAUAUGAUUGUCCUAGGGAGUGGGUAAAUUUGAUGGCAUCAGGAGUGUGUAAAUCCCCAGAUUAUUACAACCCCCCAGUCAAUUGUCCUCGUAUAACUCAUUUUGACUACAUGGACAUAAAGGAGAAAGAAAUAUUUAGCAAAAAAUGUAAUGUUAAAUGGUUAUGUGUUGAAAACUCACAAAGAGACUAUUCGAAAUGUCCUUUAUACUUUGAAUAUGUCAAUGAAGGAAAGAAUAAAGGAAUGUGCACACCGAGUGAAAAAUAUAAUGGACCAUGUAAAGAAACUCAAGAUAUAUUAUCAUUAAAUCUUGAGCAAAAGUAUAAUUUUGAAGAAACUUGUGAAGCUCAAUUUCCUAAUAUACAAAACGAAAAUAUUCCACAAAUAGAGAAUGACACAGUUAGUCCUAAUACAAUAGAAAAGUUGCUCAAGGGAACAGAUAUUUCAAAAAAAGGAAUUACCUUAGAGUAA